ACUUUCUCUCCAAUGUUGCUGUUGCGCGUUCAGCGCUCCCUUGUGUCUUCGGGAAAGCGAGCAUACCACGACCUUCAAACUCUUCCUUCCACCAAUAAGCCCGUCGUUUCUUAUGGCCCCCCGGGCUACAGCGCGGUGUCCGGCCACACCGUAACGAUAUUCGGCUGUACCGGCUUCCUUGGACGAUAUCUCGCCUCGAAAAUCGCUAAAAUGGGAACGCAAGUCAUCAUCCCGUACCGAGACGAAGAUGAGGCACGCAUAUUCAAACCUAUGGGUGAUUUGGGUCAGAUAGUCCGCAUGGAAUGGGACAUUAGAAAUGAGGAACAGAUAGCGGAGUGCCUCAGACAUUCUGAUAUCGUUUUCAACCUUGCUGGCCGUGACUUUGAGACCAAAAACUUUGAUUUCGAGUCUGUCCAUGUUUCUGGUGCUGAACGGAUUGCUUCCGUUGCUGCAAGAUCUGGGGUGUCGCGUUUCGUCCACGUCUCCCAUCUCAAUGCUUCCGCAACCUCCGAAUCCAAAUUUUAUCAAACUAAGGCCCUUGGCGAGGAGCGCGUUAAAGCUGCAUUCCCGAAUGCCACGAUUGUUAGACCUGGGAGUAUGUUUGGCUAUGAAGACAAGCUUUUGAAUAGCCUUGCUAUGUCUCCGUGGUGGUGGAAAUUGAACUCCGGCAAGACACAAAUCCGGCCAGUCCAUGUCCUUGACGUUGCUCAAGCGCUCGCAAACCUGGUACCGGAGUCCAGUUUGAGCUCUCGGACUUUGUCUCUCCCCGGACCCUCAACACUCACAUACGACUACCUGCUUGACCUUGUUUCUGCGGUCACACUGCGUUCUACCCACUCAUACGUGCCAGCAAUGCCACAAGGAGUCGCCACUGCAGUUGCCAAACUCUCACAGUCUGUGUGGUGGCCUCUGAUGAGUCCAGACGAAGUCACGAGAAGGUAUCUGAAUGACAGCGAAACCGUCGGCGACUGGGAGGAGCUGGGAAUUACGCCCAGCGAAAUAGAGCCUCUUGCCCUCAAAUACCUAAGACGCUACCGUAGUGCGGAGACAUACACGGAACCCGUCGAAUUCCCAGCUCGGCCUUCUCUUACAACAGCAUAG